AUGUACGGCGUCCUGUUCGUUGGCCUCGUGGCUGCGACAGGCGGCGACAUUUCCCUCUCGAACUUCACACCCCGCAUCGACAACCUGCCCACAAAGUGCAAGACCGUCUACGACACCAAGAUCGAUUCUUGCGUGUCCUCGGACUUCAAUCCCGGCGCAACCUGCAGCUCCGGCUGCUUGGCUGGACUGGCGAAGAUUGGAGCAGCGGUCACGACAGGAUGCGCUGGUGUUGACGUGGGCGAGACGUCCAUAAUUGGAGUUUUCCAGAACGACCUUGGCACCGCCGCGCUUUGUCCCAACAACCAGCAAGCGACUACGAGCUCGAGCUCCUCGUCGACAGCGCGAACGACUCUACGGACAAGCACGAGGAUAUCGACACCAGUCACGACCACCGCAGCGCCUCCCACAAGUACGGCCGCAUCCUCAAGUACAUCAUCUUCUGGUCUAAACCUCGACACAACCGCGACUCUCGCAACCUCAACUACCACCGGAGAGUCGACUGGCGCAGUGCCCACACUCGUGACUGAACCAAGCAGCGCGCCAAACGGCAACAGCCAGCUAUCGAACUCAGACUCUGGAGGCGGCUCGCCAUUCGACGUCGUGGCCACUGGCGCUGCACCUCAACUGCACAUCACCAAGGCUGCACUGUCAACCUUUUUGGCGGCCGUCUUUUUCGUUGCAUGUGCAUGA